AUGUCACUGGCCACGCAGCCGCCACCACAGCAGCCGCCACAGCUGAGCAUGCCGGCAGUGCAGCAGCCCUGCGCCCUACUGCAGCAGGUCAUGUCGCUGACCCCGCAGCAGAUAGAGUUGCUGCCGCCACAGCAAAAGGCGCAGGUGUUGGCACUGCAGCAGCAGUUGGGCCACCGCUAA